CCAGUUUUUCUCUGUUAUGUUUUAUCGUGCGAGGCUUCCGAGAUGAGUUUUCUAAAGAUCCUCAGGACAGGAGCCAGGCGGGGCCCCAUUAGUAGGAUGGGAUUCUCCACCACGCUGCCCUGUGUCAUCAAUCACCGGAAUUAUCGGUUAAGAAUGGAUAAACCCAUGGAAGAGAGCAUGAAGGAGUUCCUGGACAAAUUCUCAUGCCCAGAACCAAAUCAGUGGAUUGAUUUGAGAAGCCAGAUCCUGAAUAGUUCUAAAAGAAUAACCAAUACCAAUGUGGAUGCUACUAUAGUUGGAUAUUGCGUAACUUUCAAGAAACUUGAGGCGGCGAAAUGCUUUGUGGAAUUCCUGGAGCAGACUCCAGAAACUGGUGGAGUCAAUAUUGUCACUUUAACGCGACUGCUGAAGGUGUACCAUGCUGCAGCCAGCGAUAGGGUUCUCACGGACGAGGAGGAGAAUGAAAUUAUAGAGAUUUAUGAGCAAAUUAGGAGGAAAGUCCCAGUGUUUGACGCUAACACAGCUGAAGGAGUGAUUUUCGCUCUCUCACUGACCAGCAGAUGGAAGGAGUGCCUGGAGUUGAUGCAAGGCAUUACUAUUCUCUCCACCCCUUCUAUAGCCACAUACACAAGUGUCGUGGAGGCUGCGUUCCGGAACGACGAGAAGGAGAUCGCGCUCCAGACGUUGCGGAAGAGCAUACAGGACUCCAGAAUACCCAAAUGCAAGGCAUUCACAGCCUGGAUAGACUUCUGUCAACGUCAAGGCGAGGGUCUGGCGGAAUUUCUACAAUUUAUCGCCUUCAACGAGAUGCAAAUCUCCGAGAGUGUUAUUAUGCGCAUAGAAAAGUAUCUGCAGAGUCAAGGAAUUCGCUCCAGGCGAACUGCUGUGGAUCCUGAAGGUGUGUGCUACACCUGUGAAGGUCUCCUCAAACCUAUUCAGCUCACAGAUGAGGAAUUUCAGGAGUUGCAGAGUCAAUUUCUUAACCGAGUGCUAAUAAGAGAAGAUGUCUUCCUGAAAUCAAAUCCAAAGGAAGUAGAGAACUUCAGGAAAUUUCUGUCUCGCACGAAACCCUUUGACUGCAUCGUUGACGGACUCAAUGUGGCUCUGUCCAAGGGAACAGGACGCACCAAUAACAUCUUGGCGACUAAUCUGAUCAAUGUUGUGAUGCACUUCGCGAGGAAGGGCCAGAGAGUUCUCGUUUUGGGCAGAAAGCACAUGAGCAAUUUCCCUGAGGAUCGCAUGAGAAUGCUGCGUAGCAAUGCACAUAUAUUCCUCACGGACAAUCUCUCUCAGGACGAUCCUUUCCUGCUCUACGCGGCACUGAUCAGUGGAAAACGUUGCUGCAUCGUCUCGAAGGAUCUCAUGCGUGGCCAUGCGUACCUCCUGAAGUCCGAGGAGUUGCGCAACACCUUCCGCCGAUGGCAGCACACCCAUCAAUUCCGCUGGGAGUACACUCCGGGCACUAAGGUUAUUAUGCAAGCGCCCCCGACAUUCUCAGUGACUGCUCAUGAGACGGAUGGCCAUUGGCACGUGCCUUUUCAGUCGGAAUAUUCACCGCAUCAGCUGAACUUAUUUGAGAUUCCAGAGAACUGGCUAUGCUUCGAUUACCCCGGACACUGUAGUGCCCCAGAGAGGCAAUAAAGUUCCUGGGUGAGAAUUUGAGAUGAAG